ACUCCUGUGAUAACUAUGGCAGCACAAGACCCCGAUUCAGGGGAGGCUGGGAAGCUAGUCUACUCCAUGGAUGCCCUGAUGAAUAGCAGGUCCAUGGAGCUGUUUAGCAUUGACCCCAAGAACGGUCUCAUCACCACCACCAAAGCUUUGGAUAGAGAGACUAUGGACCUGCACUAUUUCCGGGUUACUGCUGUGGAUCAUGGGGUCCCCCGUCUUUCUGCCACCACCAUGAUUGCUGUAACUGUUGCUGACCGAAAUGAUCAUGACCCUGUUUUUGAGCAGAGUGAGUACAGAGAGACUAUUAGGGAAAAUGUAGAAGAAGGCUACCCUAUCUUACAGCUGAGGGCCACCGAUGUGGACUCCCCACCCAAUGCAAACAUCAGGUAUCGAUUUGUGAAUGAACAAGCAGCCCACUCUGUCUUUGAGAUAGAUCCCAGGUCAGGUCUGAUCACCACCAGUGGGCAAGUGGACAGAGAGAAAAUGGAGAAAUAUUCUUUGGUGGUGGAGGCAAACGACCAAGGUAAGGAGCCUGGGCCCAGAUCUGCCACGGUUAAAGUCUAUAUCACAGUUCUGGAUGAGAAUGACAAUGCCCCUCAGUUCAGUGAAAAACGCUACAUUGUCCAGGUGAGAGAGGAUAUAAGACCCCAUACGGAAAUCUUGCGAGUUACUGCCACUGACAUGGACAAAGACAAUAAUGCUUUAGUCCAUUAUAACAUCAUCAGUGGGAACAGCAGGGGCCAGUUCUCUAUUGACAGUGUGACUGGGGAAAUACAGGUGGUGGCACCUUUGGAUUUUGAAGUUGAACGUGAAUAUGCCCUGAGGAUACGUGCUCAGGAUGCAGGGCGCCCUCCUUUGUCUAACAAUACUGGCAUGGCCAGCAUCCAAGUAGUGGACAUUAAUGAUCAUGCCCCAAUCUUUGUCAGUACCCCUUUUCAAAUCUCCGUCCUGGAAAAUGCCCCCCUUGGCCAUUCAGUGAUCCACAUCCAGGCAGUGGAUGCAGAUUAUGGGGAGAAUUCUCGUCUGGAAUAUAAACUAACUGGGGUCUCAGCUGACACCCCUUUUGUGGUGAACAGUGCCACUGGGUGGAUCACAGUGAGUGGCCCCUUGGACCGUGAGUCAGUGGAGCACUAUUUCUUUGGGGUGGAGGCUCGGGACCAUGGCUCUCCAUCCUUAUCUGCCUCCGCUAGUGUCACUAUCACUGUCAUGGAUGUGAAUGACAAUCGACCUGAAUUCACCCAAAAGGAGUAUUUCAUCCGGCUAAAUGAGGAUGCUGUUGUGGGGACUAGUGUUCUCAGUGUCACGGCAAUCGACAGGGAUGUGAACAGUGCCAUAAGCUACCAGAUAACGGGGGGGAACACCCGUAACCGCUUCUCUAUCAGCACUCAGGGAGGAGUGGGGCUGAUCACUCUCUCGCUACCCUUGGACUACAAGCAAGAGAGGCGCUAUGUGUUAACAGUGACUGCCUCUGACCGGACCCUGCAUGACAACUGUCACAUUCAUAUCAACAUCACUGAUGCCAACACCCAUAGGCCUGUGUUCCAAAGUGCCCACUAUUCAGUGAGUGUCAAUGAGGACCGUCCUGUGGGCAGCACUGUGGUGGUAAUCGGUGCCACUGAUGAUGAUGUGGGGGAAAAUGCCAGGAUCACUUAUUACCUAGAGGACAAUAUUCCUCAGUUUCGUAUUGAUGCGGACUCUGGUGCCAUCACAUUGCAGGCAGAGCUGGACUAUGAAGACCAGGUCACCUACACCUUGGCCAUCACUGCCAAAGAUAAUGGGAUCCCUCAGAAAGCGGACACCACCUAUGUAGAAAUCAUGGUGAAUGAUGUAAAUGACAAUGCCCCUCAGUUUGUCAGCGCUCACUAUCAAGGCAUUAUAUCGGAGGAUGCCCCUUCAUUCACCAGCGUGCUCCAGAUCUCUGCCACUGAUCGCGAUGCCCACACCAAUGGGCGGGUACAAUACACCUUCCAGAAUGGGGAGGAUGGGGAUGGGGAUUUUACCAUAGAGCCCACCUCUGGGAUUAUCCGUACUGUCCGCAGGCUGGACCGAGAGAGUGUCCCAGUCUAUGAGCUGACUGCCUAUGCUGUGGACAGGGGGGUCCCCGCGCAAAGAACCCCUGUCAACAUUCAAGUCACUGUUCAAGAUGUGAAUGACAAUGCCCCUGUUUUCCCAGCUGAAGAGUUUGAGGUUUUGGUGAAAGAGAACAGCAUUGUGGGCUCUGUGGUGGCCCAGAUCACAGCCAUUGACCCAGAUGAGGGACCUAAUGCCCAGGUCAUGUAUCAGAUUGUGGAAGGCAACAUCCCGGAGAUCUUCCAGAUGGACAUAUUUUCUGGGGAGCUCACUGCCUUGAUUGACCUGGAUUAUGAGACAAAGCCCGAGUAUGUAAUUGUGGUCCAGGCCACAUCUGCCCCCCUGGUCAGCAGAGCCACCAUCCACAUCAAGCUCAUUGACCAGAAUGACAACAGCCCUGUCCUCAAGAACUUCCAGAUCCUCUUCAACAACUACAUUUCCAACAGGUCCAACACCUUCCCUUCGGGGGUCAUAGGGAAGAUCCCGGCUUAUGACCCAGAUGUGUCCGACAAGCUCUUCUACACUUUUGAACGGGGCAAUGAGCUGCACUUGUUGAUUGUAAAUCAGUCAAGUGGUGAGCUGAGGCUGAGCCGUAAGCUGGACAACAAUCGUCCCCUGGUGGCCUCCAUGCUGGUGACGGUCACAGACGGGAUCCACAGCGUGACAGCCCAGUGCGUCCUGCGUGUCAUCGUCAUCACAGAGGACAUGCUGGCCAACAGCAUCACUGUGCGGCUGGAGAACAUGUGGCAGGAACGCUUCCUCUCGCCGCUGCUCACCAGCUUCCUGGAGGGCGUGGCCACUGUGUUGGCCACACCCAAGGAGGAUGUCUUCAUCUUCAACAUCCAGAACGACACGGAUGUGGGGGGCUCAGUGCUGAACGUCAGCUUCUCAGCGCUGGCUCCCCGCGGCGGCCACUUCUUCAGCUCGGAGGAGCUUCAGGAGCAGCUGUACAUGAAGCGCAUGACUCUGACCUCCGUCUCCAUGCUGGAGGUGCUGCCCUUCGAUGACAACGUCUGCCUGCGGGAGCCAUGCCAGAACUACAUGAAGUGCAUCUCCGUGCUCAAGUUCGACAGCUCGGCCCCCUUCAUCGCCUCCCGUGACAACUGCGAGGUGGACAGCCGCUCGGGGCGCUGCCUCCCUGGCGUGUGUCGGAACGGCGGCACCUGCACCAACUCUGCGGAUGGCGGCUUCCAGUGUCAGUGCCCCUCCGGGGGCUUUGAGAAGCCCUACUGCGAAGUCUCCACACGCUCCUUCCCCCCCAAGUCCUUCGUCAUGUUCCGGGGGCUGCGCCAGAGGUUCCACCUCACCCUCUCCCUCUCGUUCGCUACCCUGGAGCGCAGCGGCCUCUUGCUCUACAAUGGGCGCCUGAAUGAGAAGCAUGACUUCCUGGCCGUGGAAAUCAUUGAUGGGCAGGUCCAGCUGAAAUACUCCACAGGUGAGUCGAGCACCCUGGUGACCCCAUACCUGCCGGGGGGUGUGAGUGAUGGGCAGUGGCAUACAGUGCAGCUCCGCUACUACAACAAGCCCAAGAUUGGCUCCCUGGGGGUGGUGCAGGGGCCUUCCAAAGACAAGGUGGCCAUCCUGAUGGUGGACGAAUGCGAUGCAUCGGUGGCACUGCAGUUCGGCAGUGAGAUUGGCAACUACUCCUGCGCAGCAGAGGGCACGCAGUCCAGCUCCAAGAAGUCCCUCGACCUCACAGGGCCCCUGCUCCUCGGAGGGGUCCCCAAUCUGCCUGAGAACUUCCCAGUGGCCCACAGGGACUUUGUGGGGUGCAUGAGAGACCUGUACAUCGACAGCAAACGGCUCGACCUGGCUACCUACAUUGCAAACAAUGGGACCUCUGCAGGAUGCCACGCCAAGCACACCUUCUGCGAUUCCAACCCCUGCAAGAACGGUGGCACCUGCUCAGUGGGCUGGGGAACCUUCUCCUGUGAGUGCCUUGUGGGCUUCGGGGGCAAGGACUGCAGGCAUGCCAUGCACCAUGCUCACUAUUUCCAUGGCAACAGCAUCCUUUCCUGGGACUUCAAGAAUGAGGUGAAGAUCUCCAUGCCCUGGUACAUGGGGCUGGCAUUCCGGACACGCAAGCUGGACGGGGUGCUGCUUCAGGCUCAUGCCGGCCAGUACACCACCAUCCUCUGCCAGCUGGACUCCGGCAUGCUCUCCUUCGCGGUGAGUAGAGGCUCUGGGCACACCACCAAGCUCCUCCUGGACCAGAUGCACCUGAGCGACGGGAAGUGGCACGACCUCCAGCUGGAGCUGCGAGAUGUUCGCAGUGGGCGCGAUGUGCGCUAUAUCAUCACUGUCAACCUGGACUUUGGGCUCUACCAGGACACAGUGAUUGUUGGAAAUGAGCUGCAUGGGCUGAAGGUGAAGCAUCUUCACAUUGGGGGGAUCCCAGGGUCUGGCGAGGUGCAGAGUGGUCUGAAGGGCUGCAUACAGGGGGUGCGCCUAGGUGACACGCCCUCUGGGAUGGCAUUGCCCAAGCCCAGCAGAGCUUUGAACGUGGAGGCAGGAUGCAGCGUGCCCAACCCCUGCGACUCCAGCCCUUGCCCUGCCAACGGUAUCUGCAGUGAUGAGUGGCAGAGCUACUCCUGCGUGUGCCAGCCAGGAUACUACGGUGGGGACUGCAUGGACGUGUGCCACCUGAACCCCUGCAAGAAUAAGUCGAUGUGUCGACGGAAGCCAGGCUCUCCCCUUGGCUACGUGUGUGAGUGCGGAGGAAACCACUUUGGGCAGUACUGCGAGCACAGGGUGGAUCAGCAAUGUCCGAAGGGCUGGUGGGGGAACCCGACCUGUGGGCCCUGUAACUGCGACGUGAACAAGGGCUUCGACCCAGACUGUAAUAAAACCAAUGGGCAGUGCCACUGUAAGGAGUUCCAUUACCGCCCCAAAGGGAGUGACACCUGUCUGCCCUGUGACUGCUACCCCAUUGGCUCCUCCUCACGCUCAUGUGACCAGGAAAUGGGCCAGUGCCACUGCAGGCCGGGAGUGAUAGGUCGACAGUGCAACAGCUGUGACAGCCCUUUUGCAGAGGUGACGCCAAGUGGCUGUGAGGUGCUCUAUGAUGGCUGCCCUAAAACCCUGAGAGCUGGCGUCUGGUGGCCUCAGACCAAGUUUGGCCUCCCAGCUGCCGUGCCUUGUCCCAAAGGCUCCUUGGGUUUGCGGGGUGCAGGUGCAGCAAUUCGCCACUGUGAUGAAGAGAAAGGUUGGCUGGAGCCCGAUCUCUUCAACUGCACAUCACCUGCCUUCAAGGAGCUCUCAACACUGCUGGAGGGCCUGGAGAGGAACGAGACGGAGCUGAACACCAUUGAGGCAAAGAAGCUGGCGCACCGGCUGCGCGUGGUGACGGACCAGAUGGAGCGCUACUUCGGCAACGACGUUCACAUCACCUACCGCCUGCUGUCCCACCUGAUGGAGUUUGAGAGCAAGCAGCACGGCUUUGGCCUGACCGCCACCCAGGACGCCCACUUCAACGAGAACCUGCUGAGGGCAGGCAGCUCGGUGCUGGCCCUAGAGAACCAGGAGCACUGGGACAUGCUGCUGCAGAGCGAACACGGCAGCAUGGGGCUGAUGGAGCAGCUGAGAGAGUACACGGGCACACUCGCCAGCAACAUGAAACUCACCUACCUGAACCCCGUUGGCGUGGUAACCCCCAACAUCAUGCUCAGCAUUGACCGCAUGGAGAACAACACCCACGUCCGGCGGCGCUACCCCCGCUACCACAGCAGCCUUUUCCAGGGGCAGGCCAUGUGGGACCCACACACCCACGUGGUGCUCCCGCUCUCGGUGCUUACACCCCCCAAAGUGGAAGCAGCCCCCACGCUCAUGAGCAGGGAAGUGAACGACACAGUGAAGAGCUCCUCCCCAAAGCUGACCCUCCCGGAGCCCGAGCCUGCCGUCACCAUCAUCAUCCUCAUCAUCUACCGCACCUUGGGGGGGCUGCUGCCAGCUCGCUACCAGGUGGAUCGCCGCAGUCUCAGACUGCCCAAGAACCCCGUCAUGAACUCCCCCAUAGUGAGCGUGUCCGUGUUCAGCAACCACACCUUCGUCCAGGGCACUCUGGACACGCCCCUGGUGCUGGAGUUCCGCCUGCUGGAGACGGCCAACCGAAGCAAGCCCCUCUGUGUCCAGUGGAAUCAUUCCAGCCAGACUGACCCUUCCGGCUUCUGGACAGCAAGGGACUGUGAUCUUGUGUUCAGAAACACCACGCAUGUGCGCUGCCAGUGUUCCCAGUUUGGUACCUUUGGGGUGCUGAUGGAUAGCUCCCACCGAGAGCAGCUGGAGGGUGACCUAGAGACCCUGGCCAUUGUCACCUAUUCCUUGGUGUCUCUUUCUCUCGUGGCCUUGCUGCUGACCUUCUCCUUCCUGACAUGUCUGAAAGGCCUCAAGUCCAACACCCGGGGCAUCCACUCCAACAUAUCUGUCACCCUCUUUUUCUCCGAGCUGCUCUUCCUCUUGGGAAUCAACCGCACCGAAAAUCAGUUCCUCUGCACUGUGAUUGCCAUCCUGCUGCACUACUUCUUCCUCUCCACCUUCGCCUGGCUCUUCGUGCAGGGCCUCCACAUCUAUCGCAUGCAGACCGAAGCCCGCAACAUCAACUUCGGAGCCAUGAGGUUCUAUUAUGCCAUUGGCUGGGGGGUGCCUGCCAUCGUCACUGGACUGGCCGUUGGCUUGGACCCAGAGGGCUAUGGGAACCCAGAUUUCUGCUGGAUUUCUAUCCACGAUAAGCUGGUCUGGAGCUUUGCAGGCCCCAUUACUGUCGUCAUUGUGAUGAACGGGGUGAUGUUCCUGCUGGUGGCCAAGAUGUCAUGUUCCCCAGGCCAGAAGGAGACCAAGAAGAAAUCAGGCCUGGCCGUGUUGGUUCUGUUCUGCAUCCUGAAUGAAGAGGUGCAGGAGGCCUGGAAACUGGCCUGUCUUGGCAAGAAGAGUCAGGGCGAGGAGGCAGCUAGAUCUGCGCAGGGCCCCAACGCCUAUAAUAACACAGCCCUGUUUGAGGAGAGUGGCCUCAUUCGCAUCACCCUGGGGGCCUCCACCAUCUCCUCAGUCAGCAGCGUGCGCUCAGCCCGCACCCAUUCCAGCCAGAGGGGCUACCUCAGAGAGAACGUGAUGGCGCGUCAGGGCUCAGCCCUGGAUCACAGCCUGCUCGGUCACACCGGCCCCACGGACCUCGAUGUGGCCAUGUUUCACCGUGAUGCAGGGGGAGACCAAGACUCUGACUCAGACAGUGACCUCUCCCUGGAUGAGGAGCGCAGCCUUUCCAUCCCGUCGUCGGAGAGCGAGGAGAACGUACGCCUCCGGGGCCGGUUCCAGCGCCAGUUCAAACGGGCAGCGCACAGCGAGCGGCUCCUCACCAACCCCACCAGCACCACUCCCAAAGAUGUGGAUGGCAAUGACCUGAUGUCCUAUUGGCCAGCGCUGGGCGAAUGUGAGGUUCACCCCUGCUCUCUGCAGAAAUGGGGGUCUGAGCGGAAGCUGGGCUUUGACAUCAACAAGGAUGCUGCCAACAACAACCAGCCAGACCUGGCCCUGACCAGCGGGGAUGAGAACUCCCUCACCCAGACCCAGCGCCAGAGGAAAGGGAUUUUGAAGAAUCGCCUCCAGUACCCUCCAGCUCUGCAAGGCUUCCCAUCCGUUGGUAGAAUGACCAAUGAGCUUUCCUGGUACAAAACAUCCACCCUGGGUCACAGGGCUGUUCCUGCUGCCUCUUAUGGCAGAAUCUAUUCUGGUGCAGGUAGCCUCUCUCAGCCAGCAAGCCGGUACUCUUCCCGGGAGCAACUCAACAUGCUGAUGAGAAGGCAGAUGUCCAGAGAACAGCUGAGCAGGAACGACGCGGGGGAAUACUUGGAAGCUGUACGCAGCAGGCAUGGGUCCAGGGAGGAACUGGACACCAUUCUCAACAGGCCUGGAUCAAGGGAGCAAUUGGACACUAUCCCUAGUAGGCAUGGGUCUAGAGAAGACUUAGAUACAUUAGCUUCCAAGCCUGAUCAGAAAGAUCAUGGGAAUACACUACCCAGGAAGCAGGGUUCUAGAGACCAUCUAGAUACUUUACCCAGUCGAUUUGGGUCAAGAGAACUACUAGACUGUGGGCCAGUCAGAGAGGUCUCUAGAGAGUGGCUCAAUACUUUGCCUAACAGGCAAGUAUCUAGAGAUCGAAUGGACACUUUACUAAGUCGAGACAUUUCUCGAGAACAAUUGGACCUGCUUUCAGGAAGACAGCCUUCAAGGGACCAGCUAGCGUUAGCUAGACAAACUUCAAGAGAGCAGUUGGACUUUUUAUCCAGAAGAUCUAAUUCCAGAGAGCAUCUGGAUACAGUGCCUAGUAGGCAGCCAUCACGGGAAAAUCUGGAGUUUCUUUCUAGAAGACAGCCAUCCAGAGAAAAUCUAGAACCACUUUCUAGAAGGCUUCCUUCUAGAGAAAAUCUAGAACCUCUGUCUAGGAGACAGCCUUCUAGGGAAAAUCUGGAAGCAAUCCCUAGCCGACAUCCUUCCACUGAGCAAUUAGAUAUCCUUUCUUCCAUCCUUGCUUCUUUUAAUUCUUCUGUCCUGUCCUCUGUGCAAUCCUCCAGUACUCCCUCUGGCCCACAGACCACAGCAACUCCUUCUGCUGUGCAGACUUCCUCAACGCCCUCUGUGCUGUGCCCGUCACCACCUCUCUCUGCUACAUCCCACAGUAUCUCUGAGCUAUCGCCAGAUUCAGAAAUAACGAGAAGUGAAGGUCAUUCCUGA